CUGCAAUCAAAGUUCAAUAAAGCUCCACCAGAAGAAGAUGUAGAGCGCUGCUGGAAGAUUCUGGAAGUCUGUUGUUUGGUACACGGAGUCAUAAGACGAGAAGGGAUUUCACCAUAUUUUACGGUUAACCUGUUCGGGGCGCAACAACUAUGGUGAAAGAGACUGGUUUUUAUGAUAUGCUGGGUGUGAAGCCGAAUGCAAGCCCUGAAGAGCUGAAGAAAGCUUAUCGCAAACUGGCACUGAAAUACCAUCCAGAUAAAAAUCCAACAGAGGGGGAGAGGUUCAAACAGAUCUCCCAAGCGUACGAGGUUUUGUCAGAUGCCAAGAAGAGAGAAGUGUAUGACAGAGGGGGUGAAAAGGCGAUUAAGGAGGGAGGAAAUGGAGGGCCAAGUUUUGGCUCCCCCAUGGACAUUUUUGACAUGUUCUUUGGAGGAGGGGGACGCAUGCACAGGGAGAGGAGAGGAAAGAACGUGGUGCAUCAGCUGACCGUGUCUUUGGAGGACCUUUAUAAUGGGGCCACAAGGAAACUUGCUGUCCAGAAGAAUGUAAUCUGUGACAAGUGUGAAGGACGUGGGGGCCGUAAAGGAGUGAUAGAAGUUUGUCCUAUGUGUCACGGCGUGGGUGUCCAGGUCAGACUACAUCACUUAGCACCUGGCAUGGUGCAGCAGAUAUCAACAGUCUGUGCCGGCUGUCAGGGGCAAGGCCAGCGACUUGGUCACCGUGACCGCUGCAAAGCAUGCGCUGGUCGCAAGAUACUACGACAGAAGAAGAUUCUUGAAGUGCACAUCGAUAAAGGUAUGAAAGAUGGACAGAAAAUAGUGUUCCAUGGGGAGGGCGACCAAGAGCCUGGCCUUGAACCUGGAGACAUCAUCAUUGUCUUAGAUCAGAGAGCACACCCGGUUUUCACCAGACAAGGAGAGGACCUCAUCAUGAACAUGGAGCUACAGUUGGUAGAGUCAUUAUGUGGUUUUCAAAAACCUAUUAACACUCUGGACAACAGAACCCUACUCAUCACAUCCCAUCCAGGGGAGCUGGUCAGACCUGGGGAUAAGAAAUGUGUUCUAAACGAGGGGAUGCCUAUGCACCGUCGGCCAUUUGAGAAAGGGAAACUCAUCAUCCUUUUCAGUGUUGUGUUCCCUGAAGAAAACUUCCUCCCAUUAAACAAACUCAAGGAGUUAGAAAGGUACUUGCCUGAAAAACGGGCAAAUAUUGAACCUGACGGCAUGGACGAUGAUCUCUAUAUAUACGCUGACCUUGAAGACUGUGAUCUGACCCACGAACGCCAUCAUUACCACUACAUAGAGGAGGAGGACUUUUACCCAUCUGGAGGUGUUCAGUGCCAAACCUCGUAGAGAUUCCUCUUCCCUCGCCCUCCCUUCCACAACAAAUGCCACCUCUAACUGGAACACAAGGAAAAAGGACCAAGAGAAAAAACCUCUCAACUAGUUCUGUGCCUAGAAUAAGACCUCUUAGUGCCGACCUCUUGUGUCAUUGUUUGGAAGAAUCUCCUCAGCCAAAAUCUUGAGCAGAUAAUUGAAAAGUGAGUGAAAUAAACUUGGGGGAUGUUUAAAAUA